UAGUACCAUCUCUUACAAACGAUGUAUUUGCUGUAUACAACUAUUUCUGAUUAUAUAUUUUUCAUUAAUCAAAUGUUUAAAAUUUGUAAAUACAUGCUCUUAUUUUAGAACUGGAAAGAAGUAAGGUAUCGUCGUGAAAUACAACAAAACUUCCGGUGAUGUUUUUCCCCUUAAAAGACUUGUGCCGGAAGUCUUCUCGUUGUUGCUGCUGGUAAAUUCAUCAGAAACUGCAAAGACUUGUUUGUCAGCUGACCAGAAAUGUAUUUUGCUGUGAAAUGGAUUUUUGUGUCAGUGAAACACUUGUAGGAAAGACAGAAGCAACUGCCAGAGAGUCUCCAGCAGUAAGCAUAACAGGAUCUGGACAGUCGGACUGAUCUCUACCACUACAGCACAGAGAUCUCUCCAGACUAUGGCUUCACAACAAACGGCUUGUCUUUUCCUUUUUGGACAAGCACAAGUAAACCUCUCUGUUUAACACUUCCUUUCUUAGUGUUCUUUUACUGUCACAACCUUCCCUUUUCUCUCUCGUCUUUGCUUUGUGACUAUCCUGUAUUCUACCUGUGAAAAUGGACGCUACAGAGCCUGUGCAGCCCAGUCUCAACUCUUCCUAUGUUCCCACUGCUCUGAGCAACCAGCUCACAUCUGAGGAUGAGGAGAGCGAGGAUCAGGGUCCCACUACAUCGCUCCUGCCAAAACAUUCCUCAGUGCCUCUGGCUGUGCGCUACAGUCCAGAAGACUCUUACUGUUUUGUUUACAUCAUCUUCUUUCUGAUGGGCAUUGGCUCCCUACUGCCCUGGAACUUCUUCAUAACAGCCAAACACUACUGGCUCUACAAACUGAGUAACAACUCUCAUAGCAGCGGCAGCGGCGAGGAGGAACGGUCAGACCUCAGUGACUACUUUGAAAGCUAUCUGGCCAUUGCCUCCACGGUGCCCUCUGUGCUGUGUCUGAUACUCAACUAUCUCCUAGUUAACAGGUUGUCUUCAAAUGUGCGGAUCCUGUCUUCUCUUGUCGUGAUCCUGUUGGUGUUUGUGGUGACCACGGUGCUGGUGAAGGUUGACGUGUCAGACUGCAGGACAGAGUUUUUUAUUGGUACGCUGGUCAGCGUGGCAGUCGUCAGCGGAGCCUCCAACCUCUUCUGUGGCAGCGUGUUUGGGAUCAGUGGGCAUUUCCCCAUGAGGAUUUCUCAGGCUCUUAUAUCAGGUCAGGCUAUGGGAGGCACGCUGAGUGCAAUAGCAUCAAUACUGGACCUGGCAGUGGCGAAGGAUGUGACGGACAGCGCACUGGCCUAUUUCUUGACAGCCGAUGUCUUCAUUCUACUCUGCAUCAUCACAUAUCUGCUGCUGCCCAAACUGGCGUAUUCAAGACACUACAUGCUGGCAGCAACAUGCACCAGUUCAGGAGUGAUGAGCGAAGGAGGAGGGAGCAGAGUCUCCGUCCCUCCUCUGCAGCCUAUCCUCAGGAAGACGUGGGUGCUUGGCCUGAGCGUUUUCUAUGUCUUCUGUGUCUCUAUCAUGGUGUUCCCUGCAGUAUCCUCAGGAAUCCAGUCUGUGGACAAAGAUAGUGGCAGCCCCUGGACAACCACUUACUUUGUGCCCCUCACCAGUUUCCUCCUGUACAAUGUAGCAGACUUCUGCGGCAGGCAGACCACAGCCUGGCUGCAGGUCCCCGGCCCCACCAGCCGAGUCCUGCCUGUACUGGUGCUGUGUCGCUCCGUCAUGGUGCCACUUAUCAUGUUCUGUAACUACCAGCCGAGGGACCACCUCCACACUGUGCUUUUUGGCCAGGACGUGUACCCUGUGGUCUUUAACUGCUUGCUCGGCCUCACUAAUGGCUACCUAGGCACUCUCCCGAUGAUCUACGGCCCCAAGGUGGUACCUCGAGAGCUGGCAGAGGCCACAGGAGUGGUAAUGUCCUUCUUCCUCACUCUCGGACUGGCUGUGGGAUCUGCCUUCUCCGUACUUAUUGUGCACUGCAUCUGACCAGAUUGUUAAGCAAUAACCUAGUUAUUUUUACAGAGGUAUAACAGAGCUACAGUUACAGAAGGGUCUGAUGAAUACCAGAACUUUACAGUGCU